CAUGGCGUCCAACUUACCGCUAUCCGCGAUGCUCCUCCCCCGCGCCCACGACCACGGCGACAUGACCGACGACCAAAUCGCCGAGACGAUGCGCGAUCCAUACGACGAGCAACCUAAGUACGCUAGGGGCGUCAUCUACGCCGUCUGCGCUACUAUCUUUCUCUUCGGGCUCGCCCGCGCUGUGCUCGCACUCCGCUCUAGAAAGCCCUCGGUGGGCGGCAAGGGCGGUGUGUAUGCAAGGACGGUGGCGGCAGCACGUUACUUCGCGACGAGGCAGCACCGCGUGCCGUUCGUGCGUGCGGUACUGCAGGUGCCGUCGCUGGGCGUUGGGCUGCUCAUGGUGGCUUUCUUUACGUUUGUGUUUGCGUGGACGUGGUCUGUUAGGCCUUAUUACUGCUCGCAGUGGAAUGUUUGCGGCUCGCCGUUGGCGAUGCGGACUGGGCUUAUGGCUGUGGGCUGCUUCCCCUUCAUCAUGGCCUUCACUUCAAAGUGGAACUUUGUCACGCUUAUCACCGGGCACUCGCACGAGAAACUGCAGGUGUACCACCAGUACAUGUCGCAUGUCUUCAUGAUUCUGUCUCUGAGCCACUCGUUCCCUUGGGUGAUCCAGGGCAUGCGCGAGGUCAAACCCGGCUUCGAGCCGCUCACACAGCUCGAAUGGAGCUGGCACGUUGCGAAGAGAGUCUACUACUGGUCCGGCGCCGCCCUCCUCAUUAUCCUCGUCUGGCUCUGCUGCGCCUCCUUCCCCGUCUUCCGCCGCGCGCAUUACGAGUGGUUCAAGUACCUGCAUGUCAUCUCCGCGCUCCUCUUCCUCGGCUUCUUUUUCGUUCACUGUAACCGCCUCCUGGGCUCCUGGGACUACCUCUGGGCGACCACGGCCAUCUACGGUGCGAGCGUCGCUGCGCGGUUUGGGUGGAUGGGCUGGGUGAAUGCGAGGACAAGACCGACAGCAAGGUGUGAGGUCCUGGAUGGGGAGAUGGUGAGGUUGACGGUGAGGCUGAGGGCACAGGAGAGGUGGAGGCCUGGCCAGCAUUAUUUCUUCCAUUUUUUGAAGGUGAUGCCGUGGCAAUGACACCCAUUCACAAUCGCCUCUAUCCCAUCUGAGUCGACUUCUGGCGAGCAAGAAAUGGUCGUCCUCGUGCGCUCCGCGAAGGGCAUCACGAAGCGUCUCCUCAAGCACGUCUCCUCUACCUCCUCUUCAUCUGAAGUUUCGCUCCCGCUCUUCCUCGAUGGCCCAUAUGGCGGUAUCCGUACGGACCUUGCACAGUUCGAGCACGUCGUUCUCGUCGCAGGUGGGACAGGCGUGACCUUCGUCCUACCAGUGCUGCAGGAUCUCGUUAGGCGGAUGCGAAAGGCAGAGGAGGGAAAGAAAGGUGAACAAGCGCAACAGAAUGAUGUGGUGUGCAAAAGCGUGCUGGUGGUCUGGAGCGUUCGAGAGAAAGAAUGUAUAUCCUGGGUGCUCCCCGACCUUCAAAAAGUCAUCGCCGACGCACCUCCCUCGUCUGUCUCGAUAAAAAUCCACGUCACCCGCGGUGGCCCAGGUACCAAGGACAUCGAGUCGUCCUCCGCCUCUUCUUCCCAAGACAUCGACGAGAAGCAGUCGGUGGACGAUGAGAAGAAAGAAGCCGCGGCGCUUUCGUACCCCUGGUUUGGUCGCCCGAAUCUCAAGGCCGAGGUUGAAGAGGCCGCGAAGCAGGUGAAGACCUUGGGUAUCGCCGCCUGUGGUCCUGAUUCACUCGUCCACGACGUCAGGAACGCUGUUGCGUCCAUCGAGAAGGGGAUCGCCCUGGGUAAGGAAACGGGGUGCACGGAGGUGUAUUUGCAUACGGAGGAGUAUGAUUGGUA